CGAGCUUAUUGAAUCCUGUAAGGUAAGUCGAAGCUUAAAACUUCGUUUCUAUAUUUAAAUUCAGACAGUUCUGUUUCUGUAAUGAUUCUUAUUCAUCAUCUUUUGGGUUUGACAUCAUAACAGUGCCUACCCCUGAAGAGGUAAAAAUAAUUAUGUGGUGAAAACAACAUGGCGGUAGGAGCAAGUUUAUUUCGAUAUUGUAUGAGGCAUCCUACUCGAAUUUUGGUGAUAGGACUCCUUUUGCUUCUAGUUAUCGCUAGCAGAUUUCUCUACUCUUCAGUUCCAGAGCAGCAAAAUGCGCAGGAACUUAAUCUUGUCGCAGGAAGUUUAGUCCAACAUGUUCCUAAGAAUAUUGGUUGGAAGCAGAAUCAAGUACAGCGUGAAAACGCGAAAAAACUGCAGCAAAGUUUACCUUCGAUGAACGAUAACAGAAAUACACCCUCUAUGGUGGAUUUUAAUCGAAGUAAACUCAAAAAGAAAGAAGAUAAUUUAACGAAAAAGAUCAAAGGAGGCGGUGAAGACGACAGCAAAGUGAUAUCUGAGGCAGAAAAUAAAAUAAGAUUGAAAGAGGAAGAAAUCGAGAAAGCUGAAAAUGACUUAGAUCACAGGAAAUUGCAAAAUAAAGGACUGAAGAAAGAUCUGCAACAUGACAAUAAAGCUCAACACUCACCGUUCGAGAGCGAAGUGAGUUAUCACGAUGAAGAACUCAUCAAGAAGACAACAUUGUUGGAGGAGAAGUCUCUUGUUCCUGACCAAAAAGAGCCUGAAAACGUUUCCAAGGAAAACCAUAGUGACAAUUUCAAUGGAAACAAAAAUGGUGGGAAGAAAAAGAGUGAAAAGAAAGUAGCAACUCCCAUUGUUUCUCAACAAAACGAGAACAACAUUUUGAUGAUUCUUGCUAAAGUUUCCCAGGCAAGCUCCUUAGCUAAACGGUUCAAACGGUGUGUGUUGUCCAUCUGUGAACACUCCAGCAUAAAUUUGACUUUUCAUAUAAUAACUGACAAAGUUGGAAAACUUACAUGCGAGGAUACAUUCAGUCAGGCUGGUAAAGUGUGUAACCAGGGCCUGAGUGUAACUUAUUAUGAUGUUGACAAUGUAUCUAGUAAGGUCAAACCAAUCACCAAAGAAAUUCAGAAUCUGUUCAGUACUGGCUCUCGUUCUUACUUCAGUCACCCCUUAUUCUUUGUAUCCACUGCCAUACAUCAAGUGCUGCCGCAGACCAUGAAACACAUCAUAUCACUGGACUCUGACUUGUUUUUCCAGACAGACAUCAAGCAACUGUUUGCAAUAUUUGAUAAUUUUAAAGCCACCACAAUUUUUGGCCUUGCAAGAGAGCAGCAGCCAGUUUACAGACACAUUCUGCACAUGUAUCGUGAUGGACAUCCUGGUGCAAAAGCUGGAGAACCACCACCAGAUGGGGCAACAGGUUUUAACAGUGGUGUCAUGUUAAUAAACUUACAAAAGAUGCGUGACUCAAAGAGGUAUAACCAGCUUCUCAAUAACAAUGUAGUGAAGGAGAUAGCAACCAAGUAUACCUUCCAAGGGCAUCUUGGAGAUCAAGAUUUUUACUCAUUGCUCAACUUAGAUUAUCCUGAGUUUUUCCAUGUCCUUCCCUGUUCUUGGAAUCGUCAGCUUUGUACAUGGUGGAGGAAUCAUGGAUAUGAAAAAGUGUUUAAUUUAUAUCACAACUGUUCUGGGCCAAUUCAUGUUUAUCAUGGAAACUGCAAUACUAAAAUGCCUAAUGAGUAACUGAGACUGGCAAGGUGGACAAGAUGGCUGUGAAUCCGUGAUCACUUUGCUUGAAUAUGCCCUAAUAAAGGCAAACACCUAUGUCUGGGAACAAAAUCAAACUGUUCCCGUUAAAAGGGGCAUGGCUUUAAGUUUCAUGUGACCCCCUCUCUAAAGUCACAAACCUCUCAAUAAAAACAGCAGAGUAACAUGGUAGACGGUGGCCCAAGGCCAGAGAUUGAUUUGUAAGUUAUUGCCUACCAACCAGUCACAUACUUCGUGAACAGUAUAUACUGUACCUAUAAAUCAUUCCCACAAUCAUUUGUAUCUCAGCAAUGUACAGUCAAAGCACAAAAUGUUUUGUACACCUUUUUUAACCCUUUACUACUCUAACAUUGGUAUCCACAUUCUCUGUACUUUUCUCUACACAUUUCCUUAGAUGUUGAUAAGGAGAAUUCCUUUAAUGAUCAAAGCAUCUUAGGUUGGCAGUCAGUUCCUUUAUUCUGAUGAUGUUAACAACUGAUUCAGCAGUAUUACUUUAAGGAGAAAUUAGAUGCUGGUCACUCUUAGAGUUUAAACCUUUAACUCCCAGAAGUG